UCCAUACAUAACAAUAGUUAAACUAUUCAAUGUUGGCUAAUCGUUGGUUAAUUGAAUCCCCUAAAUAUUACACCAACAGUCCAACAGUCCAACAGUCCAAUAACUUACCGGGCUGCCUCACAACAAUACCUACAUAACUGCUUACUUGCCUACCAAACCCAAACAGAGCAUUGAAGUUCCCACCAUUCCUUCAACUUACUAGUUUUGCCUAUAACUAUAUGUAGUCAUUUUUUAUUUUCUCGCAACGCGUCUGCCUAAUAAGUAAAGAUUCAAGAUUUCGCACUAGUUACAAGGUCAUGAUGGGGCAUCGCUGUCAUAUAAUCCCCUAAUCACCAAUGACGUCCCUUGGAACUUCAGAGGUUGCCGCCAAUGCUCUGAGAUCCUCAAACGCCUUGCGCGCAUCGCUCGUUUUGCGCCGUUGGGCAGUACGGAGUGCUAUAAUGACCACUACACCACCAAAGUACCAACUCUGGCAUCCUACUCGGGGAAUCUCCUUCUCGCCAGUUGCGCGCUCGCCAAAUCUCACUCCACAAAAUGAUCAGAUUUUGAACGAUCCUGCCGUGGCAAGGAACAAGGCUUAUGCGGCUACCUCUUCAAUAGACGACCUUGAUCUAUCUGCCUUGCCCAAAUACAAACGUGCAUCAUAUCCAACUCCAAACCAUGCUGCGCUCGCCACGAAUAAAACCACACCUAUUACAUCCAACCCUCCCGAGAUAGCGGAUCAAGAUGAAUCCACCCUUCCCCUACACAAGAGGAAGGCGCUAUUCGACACGGCCACUUCUGAUCACCCCCCUGCAGUUGCUUCCUCGUUCAAGAUGGUGGAUGACUUGUUCUACGCCGCCAAGAAGGCACCAGCUGGAUCGGCUAAGUCAUAUUGGUCUUAUACCCACUACCGAGGGAAAGGGCAGGACGGGACGGAGCAGAAAGUCAAGGUACACUAUUGUCGAAGCAAGUUCACCAUGGAAAAAGUAUGCCGAGAUUAUUUCGUUGGCGAACCAGUGCUCGGGUUCGACCUAGAAUGGGAGGUCGACUCAUACAAGUGGCAAGGAGUCAAGAGAAAUGUCUCAUUGAUCCAAUUAGCGAGCCCCAGUCGGAUCGGUCUUUUCCACGUUGCGCUCUUUAACGAGAAAGACGAAAUGGUUGGACCUUUGUUCAAGAGUAUAAUGGAAGACCCAAACGUCACUAAAGUCGGCGUUGCUAUCAAAGGUGAUACAACUAGACUACGAAACUAUCUAAAAAUUGACUCGAAAGGGUUGAUAGAGCUCAGUCACUUAUAUAAGCUCGUUACAUACUCCGCCAAUGAACAGUACAGCGAGAUCAAUAAGAGGCUCGUACCUUUAGCCACUCUAGUAGAGCAUUACUUACAUCUGCCCCUUUAUAAGGGGCAGUCCGUCCGAGGAAGCGCUUGGUCGAAGGCCUUGGAUAUGGACCAAGUCGUUUACUCGGCAUCAGAUGCGUAUGCUGGAUUGCAGCUUUAUGCCACCCUCGAACACCACAGGAAGCAACUUGAUCCUUGCCCGCCCUCUCCACACCAUGCGGAGAAGAACUUGCCUAUCCGACUGGCUGACGGAGUAGAAAUCGCUACAAACGAGGACCCCUCCGUCGAUGCUAUGGAGGUGACGCUCCUAGAAUCUAACCCAUAUCCCAUCAAAAAGCGGACGGCGUCUUCAUCACCGGCGCGUCCCAAGGACUCGCGAGUCGAAAUUGCAGAGGACAAGGUAGCUUGCUAUCGGGCCACCCACCCCGAUGCAAGUGCCACCUUUCUCCGUGCGUAUUAUAUGUGGCAUGAUCAAGGCCUCGAUCCGAAAAUGAUAGCGCAGCUCUUGCGAAGCCCGCCACUCCAGACAAAAACAGUAAUCAGUUACAUCAGCACGGCGAUCAAGCGAUAUAAGCUCCCCGCUGAUCCCGAGAGGAUGCGCGAGGAGAUACUGGAAGACGGGCCCCGCUCGAAGUGGCCCGAAGCAGUGGCUACUGCGGUCAUGGCUCAAAGUUGAGCAUCAAACCCGGCUGACGCUUUCACGCUCUUGUUGUGAGUCGUUCGUAUCUGAGAAUGAUAUAGGGCAUACUAGGUAUAUAGGUACGCGAGGUACCUAUUUAUAUAUGGCCUGAGGAUAAAUCAUUCUCCGGAACACGACCUGUUGGUGGGGUCUUGUCCUGUUGGCUCUUUUUCGGUUGCAUAAGCAGGCAUCCUAUUAGGUACACAUAUGUACUGUAGACAUUUCUGCCUCACGCUUCUCUACGAUACCCUGUUUUACGGUCUACCCCCGAUACCUACCUACCUACCUACCUACCCACCUACCUACUUAAGUCUAACUUUGACACUGGAGAAGCGCUCUUAGAUAUAAGAAUCUUCAUGGUUUCAGGAGUUUAGGCUGGGUACCUGGAUAGAUGGUUAAUUGGUUGGUUGGUUGGUAAAUGCUUACAUAGCUACCUCCCCUGUCAUAUGCUUACCUAGAUAGUAUCGUCUAACUAGAGGUAUACAAUAAAAUCCAACUCUUUGAAAUAA